UCCUGAAUGAUGUUUUGAGCUUAUUGUGUAUUUUUCCCUUUGGAUUCCUCUAUAUAGUUCCAUAGAUAACUCCUGUCAUGACUUCUAAGUGUCUAACACACUUUGUCUUCUAUCCCAUCCUGAAUCUGAGCUAAAUAAAAUACAUCAAACAAGGCAUUUACAUACUACAGUUUUCUAAAUCAUGCAACUACCUGCCUCACAACACCGGGUUCCUUGCACUACGCCACCCUUAACCUCCAUAUAGUAGCUCACCUUGUCAGGUACAUGGAUCUCUAUCAUUGAACACAGCCUCCAAUGCAUUUUAGUGAGUUCUAGGGUUGAAUUGGUGCCAAGGGUAAAAGAAAACAAUGGAAAAUGAAAAAGACAUUGCAGAUGGCUCCAAAAAUAUUGGGAAAAUCACUGCAAAUAUCAGGAAAUUCCGGCAAGUCAGAUGGUUUGUUCUUCGGAUUCUGGUGACCUUGUCGGUGCUGACAUUAGCACACCCCUCUCAUUGGAACAUAGCCUCCAACGUGUUUUAGUAAGUUCUAGGGUUGGAUCAGGACGCUUUGAUACCAAGGAUAUAUACGUGACAGUGCAUUUGAUCCUCGUCGUUGGGUUGCUCCUGGACAGCGUUUUUAUGGCCUGUUCCCUGUAAAUGUGGGGUGGGUACUCCAGAAGUGCCUUUGGAUGCAAAAUUCCAUACUGAAGACCCAAAGUUAUGAUUGGAAAUAGCUGUGAUUAAGGUCAUAGAUGGAUGAGUUUAAAAACCAUGGCUGAUUGUGUUGAAGCCCUCAUAGGAGCAUACUAUAUUGGUGGUGGAAUAAUUGCUGCACUCCAUCUGAUGAAGUGGCUUGGAAUUGAUGCUGAACUUGAUCCCUCAUUAGUUGUUGAAGCAAUUACUACUGCUUCUCUACGGUCCUACGUCUCAAAAGAUAAUGAGGUUGCAACCCUAGAGUCAAAGCUUGGUUAUGAAUUUUCUGUUAAGGGUCUUUUACAGGAGGCCAUAACACAUGCAUCCCAGCAAGAACUGGGAGUUGGCUAUUGUUACCAGGCUUGAAUAUCUUGGUGACUCGGUGUUGGACCUGCUUAUUACAUGGCAUCUCUAUCAGAGCUACACAGAUAUUGAUCCAGGGUUACUUCUAUGUCAACUAACAGAAUAUGUGAAGUCUAUUUCUGAAUCUCAUACUGAUGGAUCACUCCGAGGCCCAAAAGGUCCUGAGGCUCUUGGAGAUAUGGUGGAAAGUAUUGCAAGGGCAAUACUACUUGACACCAAGCUUAAUCUUAAUGAAGUUUGGAGAAUAUAUAAGCCCCUGUUAUCUCCAAUUGUGACCCCUGAUAAGCUUGAACUGCAUCCAUUUUGAAAACUGAAAGAACUAUGUGCUUCUCGUCGGUAUUUUAUAAAAGAAACAUUUAUAAAGAAGGGAGAUAUGGUGCAUGCCGAGCUUAGUUUACAGCUGAAAGACGUCCUUUUGAUUGGAGAGGGAUAUGAGGGGGAGAAAGAAAUUGCAAGAGGAGAAGCAGCUUGUCACUUAUUUAAAAAACUUGAGGAAAGAGGAAUUGUAUUCACCUGAAGUGCUUCCAAAUAGAGAAAUCUGGAUGCGGACCAUAUUGACGAUUCAACUGCUUCAUACAUGGAAAUUGAUGUAUGUGAUCAAUUAACUGAUGAAAAUCUUUCAGAGCUAGCGAUCAAUAAAAAGCGAAAAUCAACUGAACGUCAAUUGCCCUCCGAGUCAACUAGUGUUUCUUCUCCAACCAAUGAUUGUUCUAACAUAGACUGCAGUCCUGACAGUGGCACCCGAGGCUUGCACCAUCUAUGCAUUAUUUUUCUUGUUUUGAUACUGAGAGUGAUGGAUCGA